GACUUUUUCUUGUAAAAAAUAAAAGUGAAAAUUGGAAUUGUUUUGAUUUGCAAAUAUUUUUAUAGUCUUUUAUUUUUUUUUUGUCUAUUAGUUUCCGUAUAUUAAUUAAAUCCUGAAUAUUUUGCAAAUCGAAUAGUUUAUUGCAAAAGUUAGAGCAAACAGUUUGCAAAUACAGCCUGGAUAGUAGUAAAUAUUGGAUACGCAAAAAAGAGGAGGGGCGUGUAUGUGCAAAAACAUGUAAAUUAAUAUAUUAAUAAUAAACGAUUGCAAGUCAUAUUUACGCGACCGCAAAGAUUUGGAACUUCGAAAAUAAGAUAAAAGAAUUUAGUUAGUGCUGAGUUUCCGGCUAAAGAAAUGAAACUAUGCUGGAAACAGUUAACAGUGAAACAGGCACUACCACACAACUAAUGGAGGGUCAAGAUAAUGAAAUAGUUGCUCGGUCUUCUCACGAUCGGUUACGUUCUUCGAGAUUUGCUUGUUUACGUUGUUGCGGCAGUUUUCUCAAUUAUCUUGUACUGUUAAGGAAUACACCGGAGGAAUUAGAGCAACGCUACAAAUCAAAAGAAAUUGAUAAAUUUUUGGAAAAAGAAAAACAAACAUUUCGAAGACAAGUGAAGCUAUUACUUUUGGGAGCUGGAGAAUCGGGGAAAUCAACAUUCUUAAAACAAAUGCGAAUAAUACAUGGUGUAAAUUUUGAACCGGAAUUAAAAAAAGAAUACCAAUAUGUGAUAUAUCAAAAUGUUAUACGAGGAAUGCAAGUAUUAAUUGAUGCACGCGAAAAGCUUGAAAUACCGUGGGGAAACAACGAUAGGGAGAAGGAUUCAAGUGAAACCAAAUUAAUGGAGUGUACCUCAAUAGAUGCCGAGAAAUUUACACAGUAUGCCGCUGUAAUAGCACGUCUUUGGCAAGACCGUGGUAUUAGGCGCGCAUACGAAAGGCGGAGAGAAUUCCAAAUUAGCGAUUCUGUCAAUUAUUUUUUAAAUGAAAUUAAUCGUCUGGCUACAAGCGAUUAUGUACCCACACAUAAAGAUAUAUUGCAUUGUCGUAAAGCCACGAAAGGAGUUUAUGAAUUUUGCGUUAAAAUUCAAAACAUUCCAUUUGUCUUCGUUGAUGUUGGUGGUCAGCGUACACAGCGGCAGAAAUGGACAAGAUGUUUCGAUUCAUCCGUGACAUCUAUAAUAUUUUUAGUUUCGACAUCUGAAUUCGACCAAGUUUUGGCAGAGGACAGAAUGACUAAUCGAUUGGAAGAAUCCAGAAAUAUUUUCGAUACUAUUGUAAAUAAUAAUACAUUUAAAGGUAUAUCGAUAAUCUUGUUUUUAAAUAAAAUGGAUUUGCUUGAGCAAAAAGUUCGCAACCCGGAGACUGAUAUACGUUGGUAUUAUCCACAAUUCAGUGGUAAUUCACAUUCACUGUUGGACGUUCAAAAUUUCAUUUUACAAAUGUUUAUGAGUGUGCGAAAGAGUCAACAGAGCCGCACUUAUCAUCACUUCACCACUGCCAUAGACACGCGUAACAUGACUGUUGUUUUCAAUUCAGUUAAGGAUACAAUAUUGCAACGCAAUUUGAAUGCUUUAAUGCUGCAAUGAUAACAUACCAUUGAUGACAAUAACUUGGGUCUUUCAAUACAAUACGAAUAAAAGAAAAUGUAAAGCUUACGCAGAAAGUUAUUUUGUAAAAGCUAAUACUAAGUAUUUAUAUUAAUGAGAAAAAGUCUAAGAAGUGCGACAAUCUAUUUUUUUAUAUUUUAACUUCAUCUUCAUAUAUAUACAUGCAUGUGUACAUAAGUUAAAAAAG